CACGCAUGCGCAUGCGCAUGCGGGCACUCGUUCUCAAAACACAACAAAUCCUCGGGCCUCGGGAGAAGUGUUUUCAUCGGCGGAGUGGUUGUAAGCGAUACCGCUCGUGUGAUUCCGCGGUUUGAGUCUCGCGGGGCUUACUGUGGACCCUUCACCAUUUGUCGGAAGGUUCAAGCUACCAGCACCGACUUUCGUUCUAGUCGAACCUCGAAAUCUCGUUCUCUUCUAGGUUAGGAGUUCCCAGUUAGCUCGUUCGUUGCUCGGGCCGGACAGGUUUGUAGGCAACCUCUGCCGUCAGCUGUCUCCUUGUCGUGUAGUUGUCUUCGCAUUCUUAACAGAUUCAUUCACCCCUCUACAGUGUUCAUCAUGAGUAGAGCCAAAGCCAUGAAACAACUUGUCUCAAUGGCUGCUGUUUGCACUGGUGGUGCUGCGGUGUUUGGUGCUUACAACUUCUACACCGGUAACGAGAAGUUUUACGAAACAUGUCUGAUUCCUCUCACUCAUCGCUUUGACCCAGAGACAGCUCAUAAUAUUGCUGUGAUGGCAGCAAAAUACAAUCUCCUGCCUCCCAGCAACUUCAAGGACUCAGAAUUCCUGCACUCAAAGGUGUGGGGCCUUCAGUUCAAAAACCCUGUUGGCAUGGCUGCUGGGUUUGACAAGCAGGGAGAGGCCAUAUCUGGCUUGCACAGUCUUGGCUUUGGGUUUGUUGAAAUUGGUUCCGUGACCCCUUUACCUCAACCGGGAAAUCCAAAACCUAGAGUCUUUCGAUUACCAGAAGAUAGUGCUAUUAUCAACAGGUAUGGGUUUAAUAGUGAGGGUCAUGAAGCUGUGCUUGAAAGACUUCAUGUCUUAAAGCAAAAGGGCACCAAUUGUAUUAUUGGUGUAAAUUUAGGUAAAAAUAAGACAUCUAGUGACCCUGUAAAGGAUUAUGUUGAUGGUAUAAUGAAGUUUGGAGCUGUGGCAGAUUAUCUAGUCAUCAACAUAUCAAGCCCAAACACUCCUGGGCUGCGGGACUGGCAGAACAGCAGCCAGCUACAAAAACUACUGACAGCUAUGGUGUCAGCAAAAAACAAUUUGCCACUUUCAACAAAGCCUCCUAUACUUGUAAAACUGGCCCCUGAUUUAACUGCUCAAGAAAGAAAAGAUAUUGCCAAUGUUAUUUUACGGAAAGAGUGUAAAGUUGAUGGCUUAAUUAUUUCAAAUACAACAAUCGCAAGGCCUGAGGAUCUUCAGAGUUUGGCUUCUGAAGAAGCCGGCGGUUUGAGUGGAAAACCUUUGGCUAACACUUCAACUGAAUUAAUUAAGGAUAUGUAUGCUUUAACAAAAGGCAAGGUUCCUAUUAUUGGAGUUGGAGGCAUAUUUACUGGUGAAGAUGCUUAUGAAAAAAUUCGUGCUGGUGCAAGUCUUGUACAAUUUUAUACUGCCUAUGUAUAUCAUGGACCUCCUCGCAUCUCUAAAAUUAAAGAAGAACUAAGUAAUCUAUUGAGAGCUGAUGGAUUCUCAAAUAUAUCAGAGGCUGUUGGGAAAGAUGUGAGAGUGUGAUGCUUGAAGGAAGGUGAGUUGAGUUUGUUAUUUGUUAUAUUUGUUUAGAGAAAUAUAGGGAAGUUCAAAGCUUUUUCUAUAGCCAUGUGCCGUUGUUGAAAUCAUGCAAACCUAUUUUUAUAUUCCAAUGCCCCCAAUGAUGUUUGAUGGGCACUUUUCACAAUAUUUUGUUUUCGGAGCAAGUCUAUAGUUGAACUAAAGUGGAUCUGUUUCACUUGAGGGUAUAUUAUUCUUUAAAUUUAGUGUUCUCUGUGCUGAGCUAGGCCGGAAACCAGUUUGUUAUAAUUGUUAUAUGAUGAUAUUCGUUUCUUACUUUUGCAAAUCUGCUUUAUAAUAUGAGAAAGUGUUAUCCUUUGUCAGUUAUUCGUCUGCAUCAUCAAUAUAGAUGUGUCUUAGAGAAUUAGUUCUAGGAAACUACUUCUGUAUCUGUUUCUGAACUCUACAUUUAUAUGUUAUUGAAGUAGUGCGUGAAAUGGUUGGGUGCAAAAUUGUUCUGCUUUUUGCUGCUAAUAUUUGCUAGAGGAUAAUAGGGAGAAGAAAAAUGGACAACAGGUUUUUGUUAUAUAUAAAUAUCUAUUUGACAUCUGUCAUCAUACCCAAUCUGAUCCAAUUGUCAAUUGUUAUGAUUGGUAAACCUACUGAUUGCGUGCACCAAGUUCAGCUUAAGGAAUCAGUUGUUUCCUAUUUUAUUAAUUCUUCUAUUUAGAUAUUAGACUCAAUUUAUAAAGUCAAAAUUCAAGAAAGCUGUUAGGUUAAUCAAAUACUGGUAGAUUGAAUCUUGUCAUAAAUGAAGUAGGUUUUGUUUCUGGACCGAUAAAACUUCCAAUAUCGUAACUUGCACAGCCGAAAUUUGCGUUGUAUUGAGAUCAUUCAAACAUGCACAACAUUUGAUCAAAUUAUGGAUGGAACAAAUUGUGUUCAGAGAACCUACUUUUAUUUUAAAAAACUGGCCUGGGAACUUUGAGCUGCAAACAGUUUUAAACUUUUAAUAUCCUGGAAAGCUUCUAUUCUUGAAGUGGUCAUAUAUCUAUGUCUCCUUGGUAGACCAUGAGUAUGGUACCUUUUUCUUGGUCUGACAUGUAGGUGAAUGGUCCCACCGCUAAAAACCUUUAUCUAAUGCAACAUUCUCCUGUUUUGCACGUUUUCCUCCUAAAUUUUCUCACUGAGACCUGUUGUUUGGACUCAACAUCAUACUCCAAACAGUCCACAAUAGAACAAGCUACAACCUUGCUGUGCUUUUCUUGAUGACUGACUGUAUUGUUGGGACAUUUUGAACUUUUUUAUUAUUCUUUUGAGGUGAAUCACAACUGCUUAGAACCAAUGGCGGAUCGAAAAAACCCCAAACGAAGCCUGUUAUUGCUAUUUACAAUCAAAUUUUAAAGUAAUAGAUCAUGCCUUUCAAAAAAUUACAAAUCUAUGGUUACCCUCGAAUUACAUAUUUACAAUUUACAAGGAAAAAUAUCUUUUAUCUAUAGUAAUCAAUCAUAAAGAAAUAUCAUGUGGCCAUAUUAAGCAAUAAUCAAUUAUUUUACACUUGUGCACUGUACAGAGAGAAAGAAGUAUUAUCACAUAUAUAGGUAUAAAGAAAGAUGAUGGUGAGCUUUUCCUCAAAUUGUCUUAAAGUGGCACAGCACCAAUCAUCUGCCUUUUAAUUAAACUUAGCAGCUAUGAGCACAUUUGUUUGUGUUCAAUAUUGUGUAAAAAAAAAAUGGAAAAAAAAAAUAGCAACAUGAUGGUAGCUAAAAGAAUCUACCAGAUUUCUAAUUAGUAUAGACAUGUUAAUUAUAUUAAUAAGCGCUUGUUUCAAUGCUUUGAAUUUUGGAAGGAUCAAUUGAAAUCAAUGAAGCAAAUUUCAUGUGUCGAAUGUUACAUGCUUAUGUGGGGGGUUCAAUCACAAUAUUUGAUGAGCAUUUUAGAGUUGCCUUUGCACGCUUAACUUUUGCAAGGUCUUCAAUAAAUGAAACAAAAUUUA